GGCGGGGCGGCGCGCAGGCAGGGCUUGGGCGAGGCGGCCCGCUGGGCAGUGAUCCAGGUCCGCCCAGAGGGAAAAUCAUGGAGUCUUCCAAGACCUUCAUGAGACAGCUGCCAAUCACACCAGGAUACAGUGGCUUCAUCCCGUACCUCAGCUGCCUGGAUACUUCCAGGGAGGAUGACGUGUCCCACUGUCUGAGAGCCUUCCAGGAGAAGACGCAGCGAUACAAAGACCAGCUGGAGGAAUUGCGCUGUUCGGUGGCCGCUGCCCAGAGACUGAAACCCGUCAGCUCUGAGAAGGCCGUCCUGCGGGCGCUGCACCAGUACUACCAGCAGUACCACCCCUUGAGUCUGGAAUGCAAACACAUAAAGAAACCCCUCCAGGAGCCCCCGAUCCCUGGCUGGGCGGGCUACCUGCCAAGAGCCAGGGUCACUGAAUUAGGCUGUGCCACACGGUUCACGGUCAUGGCCAGGAACUGCUACAGGGACUUCCUGGACAUCGUGGAGCAGGCCAAGAGAGCACCCCUGAAACCGUAUGAGGAAAUAUAUGGAGUUAGGUCCAUGCAACCUCCUCCUUUGCCACCAGCUUUGCAGCAUGAAGGGCUGCUGCCGAAAUGUCGGAGCUGCUCUAAUCCAGGUGGUACCUGUCCUGCCCUUGGAAGACCCCCGGCAGAGGACCCUAGACCUCCGGGGACGUGUGGCUGUACUCAGAGGCCAAGUAUGUCAUAUAAUGGGAAGAUGUAUCUAGAGCCACUGUCCUCAGCCAAGGCUAGGACAGUAGAAGGCUAGAAGCCAAGAGCCCCCCAAGGAGAGGUGAACCUUAGGAGGGGCUCAAAGGCUCGCCAUUCUCACAGGAGACUCAGCCCCUCACCCACACCCCAA